AUGUCUACGAAAUCAUUUAUUUCACAAUGGAAUAUCGAUGCUGUUAUUGCUUGGCUUCACGAAUCAAAUUUAGGUGCAUACGAAAAAGUCUUUCGAGACAAUGAAAUUGAUGGAUUAAUAUUACUUAAACUCAGUGAAUCAAUGGUUGCUCGGUUAUUUCCAACUAUAAAACUUGAAGUACAAUUUCUUGAUUUAUUACAAACAAUUAAACAACGACAUACAAUUGAAUUAAAUUCAAAAAAAACAUUACCUUCAUCUUCUACGUUACUAAAUGGACGUGCUGCGACAACACAGCAAAUAGCAGCAGCACAUGUUAUAGCAUCAUCGUCUUUUGAUCAUGGUAAUAGUCAUUCAUCAAAUUCAAAUUCUCCAACAGCUACAAAUGGUCAUCAUCAUCCAUCGAAAGUAACAUAUUCUGAACGUUCAAUAAUUCCUAAAACAGCACUACCAUUGAAAACUCUUAAACGUGAACCAAAAAAUUUCCCAUAUCAAUUAACUAAUGCUCAAGCUAAUGGAAAUUCAAAUAUGGAUGGAAAUGAGAAUGAUACAAAACAUACCUUCCCUCAUGUAUAUAAAUUACCUCAAUUUACUGAAACACUCCGUUUAGCAUUAGCAUCACAAGAUGCAAGUGCCUUUAAAUUACGUACAUAUUAUAGAAAUUUAUUAAUCUCAUCUAUUUAUGAUGAUCUCACACGAUCGUAUAAUCUUUGGUAUCCGAAUGCUCGUCAAUAUAAGACAGUUGCUUCAGCACUUGUUAAAUCUUAUCCAUUUCUUGAAACAUCCACAGAAGGCGGCGAGGGUGCAUGGAUUGAUGGUAUUAAAGGUAAAUUCAAACGUGGCCGUCGUACAAUAACAUCAUAUGUUGAUGCAGCACAAUCAAUGAAUGCUGAGAAUGGUUAUGAUCGUAUGUCCGGUGAUGAAGAAUUAGGUGAAGAAAAAUUAGCACAAACAUCCGGUGGACAAAAACGAUCACGACAUGAAUUCGAAGUUGAUUCUGAUGAUGGACAAUAUGAAUCAGGUGAAAUGCCAAUCAAUGGUAAUGGAAAAGAUACUGAUCAAACAAGUGAAAAUAAUGAUGAUAUAGAUGAAGACGAAUUAAAUCGUUUACGAACUUGUAUAACAGCUAUGCAAGAAACAUUAGCAACAACAGAUGAUCCAGAUAUCUCACUUAUAUCAGAUUAUUUUAAAGAAACAUUUGAAAUUCGUCGUACUUUUGUUAAAACACAUAAUACAAAUGAAAUUCUUACUGAAUAUCCUGCAUUACAAUUACAUUCAUGCUUACUCGCUGAUUUUCAUAUGCAAACAAAUAUACCUAUUCAAACAGUAUUAAUACAUAAACUGCGUUCAAUAUCAAAACCCAUAUUACGACUUGCAAAAGAAACUGGUUGCGCACCAGAAAUUCUUCAUUCAUAUCAUACUAUUCUUUCACAACGACCACAAUUAGAACAAAUCGUAGCCGAUACAUUCGCUAUUUUAAUUGUUGCUAGUUAUUUUGGUGAAUAUCAAUUUUUGUUAAUUUCGUCGGAUAAAGAUUCACAAUCUCCAUGGCCAAUAAUACGUGGAGAUCAUCCAGCUCGAGCAUUUUUUGAUGGCAAAUCUUCUUCAUUAUCAUAUAAUAUUGAAUUAGAUUAUGUCCAAUUAUUUCAUCGACCAUUAAAUGAUUUUUUAACAGCAAUAUGUACAUUAUUUGCUACAUAUACCGUUUUUGAAAUAACUUAUGGUAAACUUGAAAUGACAUUAUCAUUUAUUGAUUGUUUACUUCGAGAUAAUGCACAUUCAUCGACACGUUCACCACAAGUACAUGAAUUAAUCAAUGAACUCAUUUCUAUGAAAUAA